UUUCAGUUCAGGAAACGUUUGGCAAAUGUCACUUUACAGUUUGGAGGAAGCAACACAUUUCUUUCUGACGUUUCCAAAAACUACUCGAAAACAUAUACUUCUGAUGGCCACCACACGCACUGGUUCAUCUUUUGUGGGCGAGUUCUUUAACCAGCAAGGCGAUAUAUUUUAUUUGUUUGAACCUCUGUGGCAUAUUGAAAGAACCGUGACAUUUGAAUCCAUGGGAGCCAAUGCAGUAGGUUCAGCAAUUGUGUACAGGGAUGUUCUUCAUCAGCUUCUUUUGUGUGAUCUUUACACCUUAGAGAACUUUAUCUCCCCAACUCCUGAACACCAUCUUACUAGGUUUAUGUUCCGUAGGGGCUCAAGCAAGUCCUUAUGUGAAGAUCCAGUGUGCACCCCGUUUGUUAAAAAAGCCUCGGAGAAAUACCAUUGUAAGAAUCGCCGGUGUGGACCCCUAAAUAUGACACUGGCAAUGGAGUCAUGCUUGAAUAAAGAUCAUGUGGCUAUUAAAGCAGUACGAAUUAGACAGUUGGCAUUCCUGAAAACUCUUGUAGAAGAUCCUCGUCUUGAUAUGCGAAUUAUACAACUUGUGCGUGACCCCAGAGCUGUUUUGGCAUCACGCAUGGUAGCUUUCUCUGGAAAGUAUGAAUCAUGGAAAAAAUGGGCUUUGGAAGGAGCUUCCCCCAUACCUGAAGAUGAAGUUCUAAAACUGAAGGGUAAUUGUGAUAACAUUCGUUUAUCUGCAGAACUAGGCUUGAGACAACCCAAGUGGCUUCGAGGACGGUAUAUGCUGAUACGAUAUGAAGAUAUAGCAAGAUUUCCUCUUCAAAAGGCCAAAGAAAUGUACAAGUUUGCUGAAAUCACACUUACACCACAAGUGGAAGAAUGGAUUAUCAAAAACACACAAGCUUCCCAUGGCCAUAGUGGCGUAUAUUCCACCCAAAAGAACUCCUCAGAACAGUUUGAAAAGUGGCGUUUCAGCAUACCUUUCAAAUUAGCCCAGGUAGUACAGGAAGUCUGUGAACCUGCUAUGAGGUUGUUUGGCUACAAAUUGGCAAGUGACCUAAAGACACUUACAAAC